AUGUCGCACCCACACUUUCACCACGAAUUCAGCGUGCCAAGAAUCUCGCCUACCUCGGGUCAUCCAUACACACCGGGGGAGCUAAACUCAAUCGCGAACCAGGGCCGAAACAGCGAGACAAAAGUACCCGGCGAUGCUCUCUGGCUAGCCGACUUCUCUCUUUGGGCAGCUGAGCAUGCAUGA